GUUUCUCCAGGUGCGUCCAGCUUGUGUUGAGGAUGAGAGGUUGCUGGUGGGCAUUGUUGCAUUUCUGAAUGCCUACUUCAAACAGAUGCACACUGAGUCUGAAUCUGACCCUGAAGACAAGGACCUGCGCUGGAUACUGAAACUGCUUCUCAAUCAGGAGACCGCAUCCCUUCUUAAUCUGCUGCUUGGUGUGGAGACACAAACUUCAGCUCAGAGCCCAGGGGAGCUGGAGGAAUUGAAGAACCAUGUCAGCCAGCGACUGCAGAGAGAACUCACCAGCUUCUUUAACAUCUUACUCCUCCGGCUUGCACACACCACUGACAGGCUCUGUCUGGCAUUAGCAGGGCCCUUCAAGAGCCAGCUGGCAGUCCGUUUGCUUCAGAGCCUGCGGGUGUCUGAUGCCCCACGUUUCUAUGGCCUUCCCAGCCUGGAGAGGACACUGCAGGGCAUGGUCAGCCUGACUGCACAGCCUGGCUGGAGCUCCCACUGCUCCGACCUGGAGCCCAUCUCGCUCUGCUCCAAGUAUCUCAGUGGGCUAUUAGAG